AGAGCACUAACAGGAAUCCCACUGUGUUCCUCUCCAUUUCGCUCCACAUACUCAUCAUAUUCAUCAUCUGUUUGUCAUCCAUCAGAUCACCCAUUCAUUGGCCACACUGAUGUCCCAAAAUAUUGCAAUCUGGAAUCCAAAAGGAGACUGGCCUCCAGAUGUGUUGUUUGUUACGGCUGACAAAGAGGUGAAUCUGGAGCAGGUUCACCAGCGUUUGAGUGGGCUGAUGGAGGACGAUCUGGCACACAAGCAGCUGCCGGGUCAGUCUCUGGAGAUCUCUGCCCUGGACAUGGGCAGCAUGCGGCCACAGCAGAGCUCCCAGGAAGCCAUGAGAGAUUUCCUCCCUGGGGGCCUGUCCGUGACUUCCUUCCUCCAGGAGGGUCCUGGGGUCGGCCGCGUGCCCGGACGGAGCCUCCCCCUCCCUCUCAGCAGUUCCACUCUGCCACCCUCCAUGCGCUGCAAACACCGGGCACCCAACGGAGGCCUUUUCCGCCAGAGCCCCGUAAAGACACCUAUGCCCAUCUCUUACCAGGCAGUGCCCAGGGGACCCAUGCCAGAAGCCAUUGAUCCAAGCCAUGGGACCUCUAUUUGAGCCGAUCGGUCUGAGCAUUCUAAAGAUUGCCAGCCAGCCAAUCACAAAAAAACAAGUUUGGACCAGGUCUGGUUGCAUUUAUACAAUUACUUACAUACAGAAACAGAUAUGGAGAGCUCUUUUUUCAGUACAGAUACAUACGACUGUGAAUCGCUGACUUUCCUUGCCUGUACAUAUUUGUAUAUAAUGAGAGACAGCAGUGAAGUCAAAGUGUAUUUUGAAUAUUCAUGAUUUUUUUGAAGUUGAGUUUAAAAGAAAUAAUUACCUACAACACAGACUGUUUGAAUGGCUUUGUAAAUUUUGUUCUAAAAUAAAAAUUAUAAUUCCUUGUGAAUGUUUUCUAAGUGCCACGUUUAAAGAUUUUCAUUUAAAGUUGAAGAGA